AAUUCCACUCACCUGCCUUCUGAACUCUCCAUCGGAUUCUACCUCCUAGCUCGUUUUUGCACAGGAUCUAUUCGCAACCUCGGGGAUAAGAUCUCAGACGACGAUGUGUAUGGCUUCCGGUAUCAACAGUCGUUCCUGUUUCUCAAUAUCCAUUUGGAUCAUGCUGAAGUAAGGACGCGUCUCGCACCAUUGCCGGGCCUGCCUGGAGAUGCUCCCAGCACUCGAGCGGUCUUUUUGGCUCGCAAUGUCAGAAUCACCCAUGAAGUGGAGCCAUCCGGUCAGGUCGACUUGAAGUACGCGACCGUAGACAUUCAACACUUCGACUGCCACGUCUUAGAUUUAUUUGACGUUAAGCCCGAACAGCAGGAGGGGACUAGCGGUGCCCACAGCUGGAAAAACAAUAUCCCUUUGCUGCGGACCUUUGCGAACCCUGUCUUUCCAAAGCAGACUGACGAGGACCCCCCGAACGAAGAAUCGAUGCUUUCAAUUGCAUUUGAAUCAACCACUUGUGCGUCAGCGGCCACUUUAGGCAAAGUCACUAUAAUUUCAGACGUUGUGCGUCUGACCACACAAUCCUCGAUUGCUUAA